AUGGCGGAAUACGAAGCUUGCAUUGUCGGGCUUAGGAUGGCGGUUGAUAUGAACAUCAAGGAACUUUUGGUAAUAGGUGAUUCUGACCUAUUAGUUCAUUGGGUACUAGAAGAAUGGACCACUAAGAAUAUCAAAAUUCUUCCAUACUUACACUGCGUGAAGGAGUUAUGCAAGCAGUUCACGGAGAUUGACUUCAAGCAUAUCCCUCGAAUCCAAAAUGAGUUUGCUGAUGCCCUUGCGACAUUGUCAUCAAUGAUCCAACAUCCGGACAAGAAUUACAUCGACCCUAUCAAGGUAGAAAUAUACGACCAACAAGCGUAUUAUUUUCACGUCGAUGAGGAAUUGGACGGCCAGCCAUGGUACUACGACAUUAAGAAGUUGCUCGAGAUGAGAGAAUAUCCGAAAAAUGCUACUAACAAACAAAAGCGGACCUUAAAGAGAAUUUGGGGCACAAAUGUGAUCGGACCUAUCGAACAUCCUACAUCAAAUGGACAUCACUUCAUCUUGGUGGCCAUCGAUUAUUUCUCCAAAUGGGUCGAAGCUUCAACGUACAAGGCAGCAACAAAUAAGGUGGUGGCAGAUUUUGUUCGCAACAAUAUAGUCUGCAGAUUUGGGAUUCCAGAGUCAACUAUCAUAGAUAAUGCAGCCAAUCUCAACAACGAUCUUAUGAGAGAGACUUGUGAAAAGUUUAGGAUGGCUCAUCGAAAUUCCACAGCAUAUCGACCGCAGAUGAAUGGAGUUAUUGAGGCAGCAAAUAAGAAUAUCAAGAAGAUCUUGAGGAAGAUAAUGGACAGUCACAGAAAGUGGCAUAAAAAGUUUCCAUAUGCUUUGCUUGGUUAUUGUACCACAGCUUGA